GAUUGGUCACCUCAGGGAUUUGUUCAAGGGCAGUGCAUCUUUGAAAUUUGUGCUCUAGCAGAAUGAUGGCAGUAUCGAUAGAUGAUAGCGAGAAUAACUUCACUGAAAAAAACAGAACUACAAAUAUUAAAAAAAUUACGAGUAUAGCAAAAUCAUGGGGAAUUAAUGGAAAAAUGACAAUACAUGAACUUGGUUUGCUUCUCGUCGAAAAGUCCUCAACAUAUCCCGUGCGUAAGAAUCUUUUGGAAGCAUUUCAUUUAUUGUAUCUACUGAAAGCAUCCGAUGAAACUUAUCCAUUAGUUAUUAUCGAAAAAAUCAUCACUUGUUUGACUUUAUCACUCACACAUGAAUAUAAACUUGAAGCAUUGAAAAUACUACUAUUGAUAGCUCAGGAGGAGAAAGGAUUGCGCAAUAUAUUAAGGUUGCAAGGUUGUGAUGCUACGCUCAAUCUGUUGUUUAAAGCUGAAGAAGUCUUGAAACCUUACUGUUUAAAUCUAUUGAUCAGAAUUUCAGAAUCUUUGAGGGGAAGGAUUGCUAUUCUUGAAUAUGCGGACUCGUCUCAGCAACUCCUUCUACAACUACAAAAGUCGAAAAAAUUUAGUAAUCUAAUACUUCAGCUCAUAACUAAUUUGUUGGGAGUACCUACAGCUAGAAAAAUGUUCAGUGUUCCAAAAUUUAUCAGUUAUUUAUCCAGUAAAUCAGAUGAUUCAGAAUUAAAUCUACGCAAACAAUUAUUAUUAUGGUUAGUUAAUUUACCAAGUCAAAAUCUAGUUGAUCAUUUGGCUUCACAAUAUGGUUUACAUGAUCAAAAUUGGAAUAUUUCAACCGAAAACAAGUAA